AUGGCUGCUGAUGCCCCACAAAACAUGAUCCUUCGUGUCGUCGAGGCAGACCAUGUCAGAAAAUUGAAACUCAGCUCCCGUCCAGCCUCAGUUGAUGGACUGAUUGAGAUUUUAAAAGAACAACUGGGAUUGGACUGUGACUUCACUUUGAAAUAUGAAGAUCCAGACUUUGAUGGAAAACUCACUUGCCUCGUUGACAUUCAAGAAUUACCACAAAAAGCCUGUGUUCAUAUUUCACUUAUAGAGGAUUCCAGUUCUGUUGCAUCUACUGAUACCCUUUCAGACGUGUCAUCCCCAGAACGUCUAAGCAGAUGGCCUCCAGGUGCUUUUGAAAUUCCCACAUUUGCAUAUGACGUCGAGCUGACACUUCGAGAUGGGAAUGCUGAAUUUGAAAAGAAUGGAAAAACUCUUCAGCUUUCAAGGGAUCAGAAGCAUAAUAUCUUAGACAAACUGGCAUCUACCAUAUAUGGUUUCAAGGCUUACCCUAGUGAUAAAGAGAUAGCAGUGGUUGCUGACGCUCUUGUAAAAAAACAUCCCUGUUUAAAAGAAGCAGGAUCUGACAGUGGAUGGAAUGGCUGGAAAAACAGCAUCAAGUUUAAAAUGGGUAACUACAGGACCAAGAUGAGAAGAGCCGGGUGUCAGGAGGUCACUGUAAAUGCUGGGAAAAGAAGUCAACGAAACCCUGAGAAUGAACCCUCACACUCCAACAUCAAAAGACCUAGGCGUGCAGAAGUCAACUUUCUGCCCAACUUUCCUCAAGGAGAGGAUCCCUCAAGUCUUGAUGUUUUGAGGCAGGCUAUUGUGGAGGAAGUAAAGAAGACUGAGAGAAAUCUCCCACUUAUUAGCAAGAUGAUGCAGACCACAUUUGCCUUGCGACGACAAACUAUUGUGACGUCCAGCCCACCAGUCAAAGAGCUCAUGGACCUCUGGCCUGCUCUUCAUAUGCAAUCCGAGGUGUAUGCAGAAUUUCAACGCAUUACUAACCAGAACCUUCCCAAUACUUUCUACGCCGAACUUGAUCGUCACACACCUCGUUUAAUGACCUUGUUUAGGCAGAAAGCUUCCAGAACGGGCAAAACUGCAGAUGCGUUGUCUGACAUUUUCAAAGUCCAUGAUACACAGGAAUUACAUGAUGUCCACACAAGGCGUAUCACUAUUCUCCAUGCCCUUCCUGUGUAUCUGCGUGAUGAAGCGUCAGGAUUUUUCAGAACAUGUGUGGAUGAUAUGGAUGAGCCAGACCUGGGGGAUGCGUCUGUGGUCCUCCUUACAACCGUGAGUGACGAUGCCACAAGCCCAGUUCACUACCACCCAACAAAAGUCUCCAUCAUCCUAGAGGGUGAUGUGGUGCUCGACCUCCCCAGGCUCGCUGAUGCCUUUCUGGCUGCAAAGGUGGACCCGGAUCUGGACGUCUGCCCGCCGCGCCGCCCCAUCAACCCACAUCCCCUCCAGGUUUUCUCGGUCGAUACCUCCCAUCCGGUACCGACACCACGAGCCCCCAGGGCCGGGGUCCUCCCAUCUUCUCCACUGCGCAUGCCCGACUCGACUGACCCCGCCCUGAUGGGUGGGGCUGCUGAUGAAAGUCUGACGUCUAAGACAAGAAGCGGAAGAGCAUACCACCAUGAGGGAGGCCCGGCGGGGCCUUCGACCUCACAGAUGCCCAUGGUGGAAGUCAGCGGGCCGGACGGGCCCAUCUUGGUGUUCAGACCAUGGACAUUUGCUGACCUAAAGGAGAACGCUGCUUUUCUGCCUAAUCCAGUAGAUGACGGUGCGAAGUUCGCCACUGAGCUGCGGACAUUCUGCCAAGAACACAGGCCCACCGGGGUCGAGCUUAGGCGUCUUCUAGGGGGUAAGAUGGGCCCUAGUGACUUGGCAAAGAUCCGGGACAAGAUCCCCAGGGACGACCUGAGGGUUCAACAGACUGAGUGGGCACAUGCCGAGAACGCUGUCUAUAGGGAGGCGGUAGAAAAGCUGUGUACCGCACUGACAGAGGUUUUUCCCUCCCGGGGCUCACUGACGGCCUUGAGAGCCCUGAAACAGCGGCCUGAUGAGGCAGUGGAAGACUUUGUGUGCAGGGCCGAAGAGGAGUUCACCAAAAACUCCGGCUUGGCCCGCCCUUCCCCCUUGGGAGACAGCGCAGGCCCAUGGGAGAAACUGCUUUGCCAGACCAUGAUGGACGGCUUUCUGAAAGACAUUGGGACUGUCAUUCGCUCCCACUACGUGGGCAUGGCGCAAGUUUGUCGUCUGGAAGAGCUGGUGCGACACGCACAUCAUGCCCAGGAUGUCGUCAGGCAGAGACAGAAAGACAGAGAUGACAAACAAGCUAAAUCUCUUUCCUCUGCUUUGACUCUGCUUGCCAUGCCGCGUAACAAUGGAGAGCGGCGUGGAGGGGGGAAGGGACCGGAAACCAGCCGUGCGCCGCCUGUUGCCGGAGGAAGGGGUGGUCCACCGUCACGUGAGGGGGCGUGUCACCUCUGUGGCCGGCAAGGACAUUGGAAGCGGGACUGCCCACAGAGGAAGAGGAGGAGACAGCCACGAAGAGGGAACAGGGGCGGGGAUUGACUCGCGGCCUUGAGGGGCGGACCUCCAGACUCGGAUUCCACGCCCACUGCUGGGUCUGCAGCUCUGCCUCAGGGAGGAGGAGUACAGGUAUUGGUGAAAUCAGCAUUACCGGUUCCUGCAGAGGGGCCGCUCCAUCCGCUGCAGCCAGGGGAUUGGAUCCUGGUCCGGGACUUCAGGCGAAAGCACUGGAAGCAGCGCAGGUGGCGAGGGCCUUUCCAGGUGCUCCUGACGACGCACACAGCGGUCAAGGUUGCUGAACGUGCCACGUGGAUCCACGCAACCCACUGUAAGCGGUUUCAGGGAGAACCGCCAACUGCUGCGGCCAA